AUGGCUGACCAGGAAUACAACGCUGAGGAGGCUGCCGAGCUCAAGAGAAAGAGAGCCUUCCGCAAGUUUUCCUACCGUGGUAUCGACCUUGACCAGCUCCUCGACCUCUCGUCCGAGCAGCUCCGUGAUGUCGUCCACGCCCGUGCCCGUCGCAGGUUCAACCGCGGUCUCAAGCGCAAGCCCAUGGGCCUGAUCAAGAAACUCCGCAAGGCCAAGCAGGAGGCCAAGCCCAACGAGAAGCCCGACCUCGUCAAGACCCACCUCCGUGACAUGAUUGUCGUCCCCGAGAUGAUCGGCAGCGUCAUCGGCAUCUACUCCGGCAAGGAGUUCAACCAGGUCGAGAUCAAGCCUGAGAUGGUUGGCCACUACCUGGCUGAGUUCUCCAUCUCCUACAAGCCCGUCAAGCACGGUAGGCCCGGUAUUGGUGCCACCCACUCCUCGCGUUUCAUUCCCCUCAAGUAA